UUGUUCUUAAUAUUUUAAAAGGAUCAUUUUUCCUUCACUUAUUUUUUAAUUCAUCUCAAUUGAAGUGACCGUUAGGGCCAGGCUGGCCAGCUCCCUGCUCAAGUACCACCACACUAUAUUUAUCUAGUUAGAAAGGAAGAAGACCAUUAUGCAAAGAAUACCAAAGAAGGGGAAAAAAACAAAAACGAAAAGCAAAAACCGAGAUAUACCAAAUGCAGAACAAAACAGAGCUGGUGUUCUUCCCGACGCCGGGAAUCGGCCACCUGGUAUCGGUCGUCGAGUUCGCGAAGCGACUCAUCCUCCGAGACCACCGCCUCUCCGUCACCGUCCUCGCCAUGACCGCACCCUUCGGCUCUCCCCUUAUCCACGCAUAUGCCGAGUCACUCAGCGAGUCCAGAAUCCAACUCAUCCGUCUCCCCCCCGUAGAUCUACCCUCCACCGACCCUUCCAUAUCUCCCGAGCUCUUCAUCUACCAAUUCAUCGAAAAACACGUCCCACUCGUCAGAUCCACUCUCGCAGGCCUCCUUUCCUCACGGUCCAACGCCGACCCCCCGGUCCGACUCGCCGGUCUGGUCCUUGACUUUUUCUGCACCCGCAUGAUCGACGUUGGCCACGAACUGGGUCUCCCCUCUUACCUCUUCGUAACCUCCGGCGCUGCAUUCCUGGGCCUCAUGCUCCACCUCCCGACUAGACACGCCCAGGUAGGCGCCGAGUUCAGCGACUCAGACCCCGAGUGGACCCUCCCUUGUUUUGCCAACCCGCUUCCGCCGCGCCUGCUGCCGUCGGCGCUGUUCUGCAAGGACGGUGGUUACGAUACUUACAUGAAAGUGGCCCAUAGAUUCGGCGACGCAAAGGGAAUAAUCGUAAACACGUUCUACGAGUUGGAGCCGCGCGCGCUGAGCUCAUUCUCCGGCGGCCAAAGCCCGCCGGUUUACGCCGUUGGGCCUGUGAUUGACGUCAAGGGUCUGGCCCACCGGAGCAAUUCCAACGAUGCCCAACGCAGCACCGUUUUCAAUUGGCUCGACGAGCAGCCGCCAGCAUCGGUGGUGUUCCUCUGUUUCGGAAGCAUGGGGAGCUUCGGCGAGCCUCAGAUCCGGGAAAUAGCGGCGGGGCUCGAGCGCAGCGGGUGUAGAUUCCUGUGGUCGCUGCGCCGGCGGCCGGAGAAAGGCAGAUUCACGGCGCCUAAUGAGUGGGAGACGCCGGAGGAGGCGUUGCCGGCGGGAUUCAGAGAGCGGACGGAGGGGAGGGGGCGGGUAUGCGGGUGGGUCCCGCAGGUGGAGGUGCUGGCGCACAGGGCGGUGGGGGGAUUCGUGUCGCACUGUGGGUGGAACUCGUUAUUGGAGAGCUUGUGGGAGGGGGUGCCUGCGGCGACGUGGCCAAUGUACGCGGAGCAGAGGCUGAACGCGUUCAAUUUGGUGAGGGAGUUGGGGGGGUUGGCGGCGGAGCUGAGGAUGGAGUACGGCGGCGUAGGAGACGUAGUCACCGCGGAGGAGGUGGAGAGAGGAGUGAGGGGGUUGAUGGAUGGGAACAGUGAGGUGAGGAAGAAGGUGAGGGAGAUGGGGGAGAAGAGCAGAAAGGCUUUGAUGGACGGUGGAUCUUCGUUCCUAGCUGUUGGACGGCUGAUCGAGGAUGUGAUUGGCCACCACUCAUGAUCACUUUUCCUCCUCUUUUGUAUUGUAUUGUAUUGUAUCUUUUUGGUUUAAUAAAUUUUAAUUUAAAUAUUAAAAAA